AGUAUCUGAUACAGCACACUACAUGCAUGGUUUUCCUUUUCUUUUGCCCACACAGGACAGAGUAUGUUUAUUUUUAACAAAAACAGUAAGGCUAUAUUCAGCAAAUAAGAAAUGGAAAGAGAAGGUCACCAUCCAGUGAGAGGAUAGCUAAAUUCUCUCUCAAUGCCAAUAGUCUAGUAACAUUCUCUGAUCCUAAUACUGAGGUGAUAUGUUUCUCUCUCAGGAGAGGAUGUGAGAGAGACAGCCAUCACUCACCCACCUACAACAAAGACCUGAGAUAGAAGAGUCGGGAUUGCCCUGAGACGGUCUCUCAGUACCACACCAAAUCUAUAGUUCUUCCAAGACCUGCAGGAGACGGUCACAGUCGAUAACGUCAAUGCAGAUGAGCCGUUCUCCACCUUCAGCUUCUACGAGAGUACAGCUUUCCGAAACUGGAGAUGCCUGAGCCCCAGCCCCAGAGACUGGGGGUGGGGAGGAGCUACAGCUCACGCGAUAGGUGAAGAAAAGCAGAAGGAAAACUGUUUUGAAUCCAAUGUAAGAUCAACAUUUCCAUCAGUGACAGACCCAUCUGUGCUUACAAACGAUCUGAAACAAAAGCUAGCCAAAGAACGCAGAGAGGGGAAAAAGAAAAUACAAGAUGUUAACAAAGAAAUGCAACUUCAUGAAAAAGAAAGAAAGGCCAGGACACUGUAUGAGAAACAGAUGGAGGAAAAACAACGCAAGCUGAAGGAACAAAAGGAAAAAGAUGAACAGCGGAGAGCAUCCGUACGAAUCAAAAGAAGACAAAAGUUAGAAGAAGAAAGGGAAAGAUACAAAGCUGCAGUUUUACUUACCUUGCAACGGAGCAACCGUGCUCAGUACCGUCAAAAAGCAUGGUUAUGGGAAGGCUGUUCCACAUUAAAAUCGGAGAGCAGAUUUGCCACUAAACAUUCAAUCUCUGAUGAAGAGCUCGAACAAGGAAAUGUUGACUCCAACAGAUGUAUGUUUACAACAUCUACAGGUGUUCAAAAUCCUCUUACUAAGAAAAAAACAGAAAAGAAGAGGACCUUAUCUUUUACUACGAAAGAUGUCAAACUGCAUUCAUGUCCUGAACCAGAACCACCACCAAAGGAAGAAAAACUAUGUGUUCGAUACUUGUACGGCAGCUCUCAGGAGAAUGCCUUAGUCAGUCAUCUACUAGUCCCAACAGAAGCGUCAUUAGCUAGAAGCGAAACGGCUACGUCUUUAUCCAUCCCUGGAAAAGAUUUUUCAGGUGUCGACCUACUGCAGCAUAUAAGGAUGGCCUUACGUAGCCAGAGUAAUAAUGAAUUGAAGACAACUGUCAUGGCUCCCGAAUUGAAAGUAGCAAUGCCUCUCCAGGCAAAAAUAGAAAUCUCUCCCAAGGAGAAAGUAGAAAUGCCCCCUAAGGCUGAUGUGGAAGCGCCCCCCAAGGACGCCGUGGAAGGGUCCCCUGAGAUUAUAGAAGCCUCCCCCAUGGCCAACAUGGAAACACUCCCUGAGGUCAGUGUAGAAGCAUCCCCUGAGGCCGGCGUGGAAGCCUCCCGCAAGACCAUCGUGGAAACACUCCCCAAGGCCGGCUUGAAAGCACCCCCCAAGGCCUGCGUGGAAGCGCCCCCCCGGGCUGGUGUGGAAACGGCCUCCGGGGACGGCAUGAAAAUGCCCACCAAGGUUUGCGUGGUAACGUCCUCGGAAGCUAGUGGAGAAGGGUCUCCCAAGGCAAAAAAAUCAGACAUUAACAAACAGGCCUCAAAUCCUGUUACCAAGAAGUGCCCAUCAUCGGACAUACCACGUUACAGAUGGCCAUCGUCUGCAAGCGGGCUGCGUCUGCCCUCUACUGUCAGCAGGCAAAUCCAAAAGAAUCACCCUCCGUUGCCUUCACCUGUCGUAUCAAAACAGUCCACCACAUCUUCUGUUUCUUAUAAAGUAAUACCUAUUCAGCGUACCCCGUAUGCACCGAAUGCAUUAAUAAGUACUACCAAAAAGAAAAAAGACGCCAUUUCUAAAACUGUUAACAGAUCUGAGGCUCGGAGCCACAAAAAUAUGGCCAAUGAAGAGCCCAGUGUUAAAAGCACACCCGGGGCUAUGAAUGCCGAGGAAGCAACAAAAAUUUUGGCAGAAAAACGACGUCUUGCUCGAGAACAGAAAGAAAAAGAAGAUGAAGAAGAAAGAGCAAGGAAACAAAUGGAAGAAAGUGUCAUUCGAAAAAUGAAAGCGCUGACAAAGAAAGCAAUUAAAGGACUAGGAGGAGAUUUCUUAACGUUGGAAGAUGACCAGGGAGAUGGGCAAAACCAAAAGGACGUUAAAACAAAGAAGGGAUGUCACGAUCAAGAGGAUCAAGGAGUACAAUUACAGAAAGGGGAUCCCAAAAUAAAAACUCAGGAGGAAGCUGAUAAACAGAAGAAGGAAGGUGAAAGACUUAGGUUGCAAAAUUUGCAGGAAAGAUUGGAGAGAAAGAAGAGAAUAGAGGAAAUUAUGAAAAGAAUGAGAAAGAGCAACAUAAAUUCUUCCAAAGCCUUAGAAACAUCUGGUAACAUCGUGGUGGAGGAGGGUGAGGCAGAUGAUGAAGAGGAGAUGGAUGAAUCACCAGUGGUUUUCAGCGACAUUGGUACAUCUCAUAAACUCAAAAAGAAAAUGAAACCCGUCAAGAAAAUGCCUCUUACAUUAACUUACUUGGCCUCAGGUGGGGAACAUAUAAACAAAGAAACCAAAUCACUUAACAGUGAUGUGAAAAUUUCUAAGAAAAAUGCGAAAGACCCAUUGACUCAGGCGAAAGGGUCGAGGCUAUCUGUGAAGAAAAUGGCUGGCCACCCUACUAAAACCACAAACUCACGUGGGGUGGAGCACUCAGUGAGCGUUUCCAAGAGCCUCACUGGCAGACCACACGGCUUGAUGUGCGGCGACAAAAUCAUCGAUCUAGUCGGCCAGGUGGAGCCACCCCUCUUGAGUUCAGAUGCUGCCCCUCUUGAUAACCAAAAGGGAAAUGUAAAAGAUACCGUGAAAUUUCACCAAAAUCCUGAGAUGUGUUUUGAAGACGAAAAGGAAUAACCUGUCUCAUCGCACCCUGGAAUAUCUGUGUUGCCCGGGAGAUUAUGUCAUCUUGUUUCCAGUUGGCCAUCUCAACUCCCAGGCGUUAUCUGUCUUCUUUUACCUCAUAGCACUGCAUCUGACAUGAAUCUGGUGAAGAAAACAUCUGU